CACCCGGUGCCCGGCACACCGCAUUCCGACACCGUCCGCCGGCACGCACACGUCUCUCGCGCUCAGUCGCUGCGUACAGGUCUAUUGCUACUGCUGCUCCUGCUCCUGCUCUCGUCGUCACCGAUAAUAAUAAUAAUUUUUUAUUAUCACAGUGAUUAUUAUUUUUAUUUUAAUCGUUUCACCGACGCGUUCGUGUUACGAUCAGUGCGAUUUCGUUUUGAAUCUACGACAGUGGUUCAUUACAAUUAUUUUACACAAUACCUACUCUACGUCCGAAUUCGUCAACAAUCGUCGUCAUGUCUUCUGUCGCCACUGAAAUGCAACAACCCGUCUCCAGGACUUACCAAUACAGAAAGGUCAUGAAACCAAUGUUGGAACGCAAACGCCGUGCCCGCAUCAACCGGUGCCUGGAUGAACUCAAAGAACUCAUGGUGGUCGCCCUGCAAUCUGAAGGCGAGAACGUCAGCAAACUGGAAAAGGCUGACAUACUCGAGCUGACUGUCCGACACCUCCACAAGCUGCGCCGGCAACAACGGCUUUCCGGCAACCCGGUGACCGAGAUGGACCGAUUCCGCGCAGGUUACACGCGCUGCGCGUCCGAAGUGUCCAGAUGCCUGGCCGCUACGCCCGGCCUGGACGUCACUUUGGGCGCCAACCUCAUGACCCACCUGGGCCACAGGCUCAACUCGAUCCAACCGACCGGGCCGGCAACAACCACAGCCUCGUCACCGGCCACUCCACUGACGCUCAACACCGACACAUCCUCGUCCUCGUCGUCGGCGUCCUGCUCGUCUUCAUCCUCGGCGUCGUCGUCCUGUUCGUCACCACCACCGCCCCAGUCGCCUACCGGCAGCACCACCUCGUCGUAUCCGAUGCCACUGACGCCCAACUCGAUGGACGGCACUUCCACCGGACUCCUCCAAGUCGUCGACAUGUCCCUGAAAAACGACAACGCCUCCGUGUGGAGACCUUGGUAAAACUUCCAACCGCCGUGUAACCCACACACCCACACAAACUCACACGCGCGCGCGAUUUACCAAUUAUUUUAUACAUUACGAUAUUAUUAUUUGUCUCGAUUUGAAUUUUUUUUUUCUUGUUAUUGCCUACACUUUAUGUUGUAUCGUUUUUCUUGUUAUGUUAUACAUUCUCUGGAAAAAUCAACCAAACGCCUGUAUAACGGGACGCGGACGCAAACGGGUUUUAUCGAACUUUUUACGCUUAAAUGAACGAAAAGAUUUUGACAUACAUAUGAUAUAUUAUUAUUAAUAUUAUUGUAUGCGUAUAGUUUUUGAUAAAUUAUUAUAAGGCAUUUUUUUAUUCGCACGCGUUCAUAUAUAUAUAUAUAAUUACUAUAUUUAAAUAUAUUUAUAAACAUGUUUAAUUUUUUUUUUUAAUUUUUUAAAAAUAUGACCCUGUGAUAUACCAUCGUUUAGAUAUAGACUAUAAUAUAUUAUUAUAUUAUGACGACUAUGUAAAAAAAAAACAAAAAAUGGUAUAAAUUUAAUUUGUUCUCGUAUAUAUAUAAUUUAUAAUAUUGUAGUCGGUAGUCGUCCUACCUCAUCAUUCAUUAUAUGUGUAUUAUAGUAUAUCGUAUGAUAUUAUUUAUUAUUUUUAUUUGUGACAUAAUACUGUGUACACUGUACACGCAUUCAUAAUAUUAUAGCCUGCGUGUAUGGUUAUUUUUUUUAUAUAGACUGUGAUAUAAUGAUAUAAUAUGUUUUAGUAAAUACUAUGAUUAUUUACCCA